AUGGAACUUAUAGAAGCUUUGCCAAUUCAAGAAAUGCAACAGAUCAACUCUAAUCUACUUUCUAAUGAUGAUAAUUCGGAUCCUGAAAAUACCCUUAGCAACGUAACGUCAUCGCCUGCUAAUGGAGCGGUGCCCACCGACAGCGCAGAAGUUCACAAAAUUUUUGCUGAAAUAGUAGAAGCCAUGGUACCUAAUAUAUCUGCUUCGUCUGUGCCAGAAAAAGAAUUUCAUGUAGAAGAAACUAAAACAGUUUUCAAAACAGAACUCAUGAAUGAAACAGAGGAUGGAGAGUACAUUGAAGAAGAGAAUGAUACUUUUGAAAAUCCCGAAGAUUCAAAGCUAAAAAUUCAUACUACUACAACGACUGCCGCUCCCUCUAAUACUUUCCUCACUGAUGAACAAAACAAUGAUAAGGAUGUGGAAAAGGCUGAAAAAAAUUUAUCAGAAUCAGCUGAUGUAGAAGAUGAUAUGCAACAAUUUUAUGACAGCCUUUCCUAUGAUGACAAACAACGUUUAGAAUGUAUCAUUAACUUAUUCAUAACUUUGUUCAGUUUCCAAUUCAAAUUCCCUGAAGAGGUUAAAGAAACUGAACCUGAUAACUUCAUCAUUGGUAUACAGUGUCUAUUCUUCGACUGUCGGAAAGCGUUACCAGUAAUUCCUACUAAACCAAGUUUAAUAGAUAAAGAACCAAGUUGGCCGAUCCGAAGAGCUCGUGCUGGGGGACAUUCUUGCUGGUGA